AUGCCCCCUGAAAUCAGUAAUAAAGAAGACGAUUCUUCAAUAAUUAUGAGAAAGAAGAGAUGGAAGAAAAAUACUUACCCCAGAAAAGAUGAAGGCCCUGACGCUACCCCUGAAAAUUGCAUUAAAGAAUUAGU